AUGGCAGAUUAUGAGCGCAAAGGAUACAUUCGCAAGCUCACUGCCGAUGAGAGCCAAAAAACUGGAGAUCGAACCUGGUAUCUGCCGAUCUUCCCAGUGUUCAACCCUAACAAGGCAGGGAAAGUCCGAAUUGUCUUCGACGCGGCCGCAGUUUACGGUGGAGUCUCUCUAAAUUCUGUUUUGAUGAAGGGUCCAGAUCAACUGAAUGAACUUCCGCCUGUACUCUACAAAUUUCGUGAACGGCGAAUAGCUCUAGGUGGCGAUGUAGCGGAGAUGUUUCAUCAAAUGCGAAUUAAAGGUGAAGAUGGAGACAGUCAACGGAUCGUUUGGUGUGCCAAUAAAGAAACAACAGAGCCUUGCGAUUACGUGAUGCAGGUGGUAACGUUCUGUGCUACGUGUUCACCCAGCACCGCCCUCUUUGUCCUAAAUAAGAACGCGACACGUUUCGCAAGCGAAUAUCCAGUCGCGGUUGACACAAUUCACCGGAGGCACUACGUUGACGACAUGUUAACAAGUGUUGAUACGGAGAGUGAAGCCAUCAAAUUAGCGCAGGAAGUCCAAUACGUACACCAGCAGGGUGGUUUCCAUAUGCGGAAUUGGGUUUCAAAUUCUUCGGUAGUGUUGGAAGCAAUCGGUGAAAAACCCAAGCACGAAAAAUCCAUGGAUAUGAAUGCUAAUUUAGCAAUGGAGAAAGUUCUCGGAAUGUGGUGGAGCACUACAACGGAUGUCUUUCGAUACAAAAUCAGCACAGAUCGCAAUAAAGACCUCUUCACCGGCGACAAACACCCAACCAAAAGAGAUUUGCUCCGGACGCUGAUGGCUAUCUACGACCCCUUAGGUCUUAUAGCACACUACUUAAUGUAUUUGAAAGUGCUUCUACAAGCGGUCUGGAGAGCGAAGACUGGGUGGGAUGAACGAAUAGAAGAAAAGGAGUUAGAGAAAUGGCGUAUAUGGUUACAUAAUAUGCCAGAGCUCGAGGCGGUUGAGAUUCCGCGAUGCUACUAUCGGACCGGAGCGAAUAUAGACGAAGCAAGAAUCGAGCUCCACACGUUCGUGGAUGCUAGUGAGCUAGGAUACGCCGCCGUUUGCUACUUCAGGUUCGAAAAGAACGGAUGUGUUCACUGCGCGCUGGUUGGAAGUAAAACAAGGGUUGCACCACUUAAGUUUGUGUCCAUUCCUCGCUUAGAGCUUCAAGCGGCAGUCAUAGGUACGCGAUUAGCUAAAAGUGUUGAAGCAGGACAUUCCAUCAAAAUCGUUAGCCGUUGCUUUUGGACAGAUGCUCGAGAUGUUAUGUGCUGGUUGCAGUCAGACCAUCGGCGAUACACACAAUUUGUAGCUUUCCGAGUGGGCGAAAUACUGGAAGCGACGGAUGUUAAUGAAUGGAGAUGGUUGAGCAGUAAAGUAAACGUAGCUGACGAUGGUACAAAGUGGAAGAGUAAUCCUGAUUUAUCAUCGGGAAGCCGAUGGUUCAAUGGACCAUCUUUCUUGUGGAAGUCCAAAGAUGAAUGGCCGAAGUCUACAUUGAAUGGCGCGGAAACCUCCGAAGAAAUCCGAACGAAUAUCUUACACCACACAAAUGGAACAGUUAGUACCAUUCUAUUACCGCAAAACUUCUCUUCGUGGUAUCAUCUGCGACGUGUGACUGCAUUCGUGCACCGUUUCGUGGAUAACAUUCGUCUGAGAAAGAGUGAUCAACAACCCAAUAUCGGGCCUCUCACUCAGGAAGAACUUCGGCAGGCAGAGAUUUUCCAAAUCAAGCGAGCACAGCAAGACGUCUAUGCACACGAAAUAGCUAUCAUUGCAGGCGGAGAUCGCCUUCUUGAUAAAAAGAGCACCCUUUUUAAAGUUAGCCCGUUUGUUGAUGAGCAAGGAGUCAUGCGGAUUCACAGUCGGAUGGAUGAAUGCGAUUUCACGGACGAGAGCAAUAGGUAUCCUAUCGUACUUCCUCGAGACCAUCCCUUCACAUCACUCAUAGUACGCGAUGUACAUUUGCGUUUUCAUCACCAAUAUCACGAGACCUGUGUUAAUGAGGUGCGGAAAAGGUUUCAUAUUCCACGAGUUCGUACUGUUUGCAGCCGCGUUCGCCGUGAGUGCCAAAUCUGCAAACUUCAACGUGCUGUUCCCGCUCCACCAGCGAUGGCCUCCCUGCCGAAGGCUAGAUUGGCAGCAUUUGUUCGACCAUUUUCAUAUGUAGGCGUUGACUUCUUCGGGCCCUUUCUCGUCGUCAUAGGCCGUCGCCAUGAAAAGCGCUGGGGUGUCAUCGUAACAUGUCUUACAAUCAGGGCGAUACACCUUGAGCUAGCUACUUCAUUGAAUACAACUUCGUGCAUCCUGGCUCUGCGCAACUGUUUUGCUCGACGAGGGACUCCAAUCGAGAUAAUCAGUGAUCGGGGAACGAACUUCGUGGGAGCGAACAAGGAGUUGAAGGAAGCAAUGGCGGCUUUGGACCAGGAAAGACUCAUGACGGAAUUCACUACACCAAGAACUUCAUGGCGCUUCAACCCUCCUGCAGCUCCACAUAUGGGUGGUUGUUGGGAGCGUCUCAUCCAAUCGGUGAAAAAAGUCCUAACCAAAGUCAAACCGGAGCGAGUACCUACAGAAGAGCUGUUGAGAAGUUACCUGAUUGAAGUAGAGAACAUAAUCAACAGUCGGCCGCUGACGCAUGUUCCUGUGGAUGACUGUUCUUCACAGGCGCUUACCCCCAACCAUUUUAUCUUGGGAACAUCGGAUGGAUCGAAACCGCUGGUUUUAUACAACAAUUGUCCACUGAAGCUUCAGCAUACCUGGAAGGCAUCCCAAGCUCUCGCUAACCUUUUCUGGAAGCGGUGGGUUGCAGAAUAUCUCCCUAAUAUUACCCGUCGAACUAAGUGGUUCUACCCAGUGCGACCAAUAGCAGUGGGCGAACUUGUCAUCAUUGUUGAUCCUGGAUUACCAAGGAAUUGUUGGCCAAAAGGCAGAGUGGUAUCAGUGAGAACCUCCGAAGAUGGCCAAGUUCGGUCGGCAGUAGUCCAGACUGCUAACGGAUUAUACGAGAGACCUGCAAUCAAACUAGCGAUUUUGGACGUAGGUGCUAAUAGGAGUGAGCAGCAUACACGGUGGUGA